ACGUGUCAGGAAAAAGCUCGUUAGCCACGGGAUCAGUCCCGGGGUGAUUUGCAGCGUUAGGAACGACAGUCUGCGGACCACACCGCGAUGUUCCUGCAGUACUAUAUCAACGAGGAGGGAGAUCGAGUCUACACUUUAAAGAAGGUGGACCCCUCUGGCCAGCCAACAUGUUCGGCCCAUCCUGCCCGUUUCUCUCCGGAUGACAAAUAUUCCCGGCACAGGAUCACCAUCAAGAAACGCUUUGGCGUCCUGAUGACCCAGCAACCUCGACCUGUUGUGUAACCUGCGUGCCUCUGCUGUCAGCUGGGACUGCUGUCUUCCAUCGAGAUGAGCUUCUUCCAAAACAGCCUCAAUGAAGCCGACUCAGAAGCAGACCUACUUUCCACAUUCUGUUUUAUCUGUAGGACUUCUCCGGUGUCACAGCUAAUGCUUUGAAAUGUUUUUUUUAUUUCCUUGAUGCUCUCUGGAAGGGGAAAACGCCUGUAUUGGGUGCGAGAGCCUGGAUUCCUUCAGAUGCACCUGUCUGAAAUCAGCUGUAUCAUUUCUGGUUGCAAAUAAAGUGAAAUCCUCCA